GAAUUUUGAUAACUUUACAGAAGCCUCAACCUCAAACGCCCAUAAUUUUUUUUAAUGAAAUACAUCGAAAAACUUUAAAAAAAAGAGGCAAAAUUAGUGUGAUGAAAUCUCCUGUAACCGGAAAAUGGAGAAAAGCCGAAUAUUGAUAAUUGGAGCAACCGGAAAAUUGGGUUAUCACAUCGCAAAAGCUAGUAUUGAUGCAUCCCACCCUACAUUUGCUCUUAUCAGAGAAACAGCAUUUUCCGACCCUCUUAAAUCUCAGAAGCUCCACAUUCUUUCAGAUGCUGGUGCCCUUCUUUUAAAGGGUUGUUUGGAAGAUGAGGAGAGUUUACUUGAAGCAGUGAAAAAAGUGGAUGUUGUAAUUUGUGCUAUUCCAUCUAAGCAAGUUCUUGCACAGAAGAGUUUGAUUCGUGCUAUUAAACUUGCUGGUUGUAUAAAGAGAUUCAUUCCUUCUGAAUUUGGAUCAGAUCCAGACAUGGUGCAAAUAUCUGGCAUGGACCACAAUUUUUAUUCAAGAAAAGCUGAAAUAAGGCGGCUUGUGGAAGCUGAAGAGAUUCCAUACACAUACAUCUGUUGCAACUUCUUCAUGAGCUAUUUACUCCCGUCUUUGGUUCAACCUGGGAUUAAAGCUCCUCCAAGGGACAAAGUUACAAUCUUUGGAGAUGGAAAUGUCAAAGGUGUGUUCGUGAAAGAAAUUGAUGUUGCUGCCUUCACAAUUAGUGCAGUGGGUGAUCCACAUACCUUGAAUAAGGCGAUGUAUUUGAGACCAGAAGGUAACGUUUACUCCGUGAACGAACUGGUUGAUGUUUGGGAAAGGAAGAUUGGGAAAGAAUUAGAGAAAGCAUAUGUUUUAGAAGAAGAGCUCCUUACCAAAAUCAAAGAAACCCAAUAUCCUAACAACAUGGAGCUUAUCUUCAUAUACUCUGCUUUUGUGAAGGGGGAUCAGACGUACUUUGAUAUCGAGGCAUCUGGUGGUGUGGAAGGAACUAAGUUAUACCCUCACCUUAAGUACACUACAAUAAGCCAGUAUUUGGACACCCUUCUGUAAAACAUAGUGUAUAUCAAUUAUACUGGUUAUUUUAAGGUUGAGCAUUACCGUAUCAUAUAGGUAGAAUUUGGAGGCCCAGUGACGAAUUGAGUUACUAGAACAGUACAUUGAAACUAAUACUCAUGCCUUUGCCUAAACACUUAA